AUGAAUACUGAUAAUGAUUUUCAAGCUUUACUUGUUAAGGAAGAAGUUUCUAGAUCCUUCUAUCAAUCUCCGAUCAUCGCCGGCCAAUCCACGGCCGAUCUAGUUUCGAUGAACUACAACAUUCCUUCAUCUCCUCUUCAUUAUUCGUAUCCUAAUGCAUUCAUGAUCAAUGAUCAUGAGAUGAUGACGGAUAAUUACUAUUUCACGAAACCAAUGGAAUAUUAUCAUUCUCCAAAUCCAAUCUCUAGUACUGUUUAUGAUUUUAACGUAACUGAUUCGAAUAUAAUCGAUCGAUCACUUGUUUACUUGACCGGCGCGAAACAUCCAGUGCGUCAGCCGGAGGAGAUUAAGAUGUACACAAGUUCAUUGGCACGAAAUCGGCGACAGAAGUACAGUGAAAAGAUACGAUGUCUGCAGAAGAUUCUUCCAUGGGAUAAGAAAAUGAACAUGGCGACUAUGCUUGAGGAAGCAUAUAAGUACGUUAAAUUUCUCCAGGCGCAGGUUUCUAUUCUCCAAUCAAUGCCGUACAACUCCUCAACUUGUUAUUCUUCUUCGUCGUCUCAUGUGAUUUCUCCGAUUCCGGGUGAUUUCUACGGUGGAUUAGGUAAGCUGAAUCGACAGCAACUUCUUCAGGUACUUGUGAAUUCGCCGGUGGCUCAGACUCUGCUGUAUUCACGAGGCUGUUGCGUAUAUUCCGUUGAACAACUUUCUCUGUUGAGAGAAAUUGAAAAGGCGAAGGCUAAUCAGAAGGUGAUGUUCGAUCAUGAUCCUCCAUCUUUUAUGUGA